AUGGAUCUCAUUUCACAAUGCCUCUUGUUGGCCUCCUCAACCUUUCUUCUCAUUCUAUUUGUCCUCAACAAGUUUUUCUCGGGCCGGGCCAAGCUCCCGCUACCUCCGGGCACCCUGGGCUUCCCCUUCCUCGGCGAAACCUUUCGGUUCUACUCCAUGAACCCCAACACUUUCUUCUCCGACAAAGUCAAGAAGUACGGCCGCAUAUUCAAGACUCGGAUACUCUGGUGCAAGUGCAUAAUGAUCGCAAGCCCGGAGGCUGCCAAAAUGGUUCUGGUCUCCAAGGCCCACAUCUUCAAGCCAACAUUCCCGAUCAGCAAAGAGAGAAUGUUGGGCCGCCAGGCCAUUUUCUUUCACCAGGGUGACUACCACGCCAAGCUCAGAAAGCUCGUCCUUCGGGCCUUCAUGCCCGAGUCCAUCAAGACCAUCAUCCCGCACAUCGAGUCCAUAGCCAUCCGGGCCCUAUCCUCGUGCCAAGGCAGAGUCGUCACCGCAUUCCCAGAACUGAAAACCUACGCGUUCAAUGUGGCGCUGCUUUCCAUUUUCGGAAGGGGAGAAGUGGUUUACAGAGAAGAUCUCAAGCGGUGUUACUACGAGCUCGAGAAGGGGUACAACUCGCUAGCCAUCAAUGUUCCGGGCACGCUCUUUUACCGGGCCAUGAAGGCCCGAAAGGAGCUGGCCCGAAUACUGGCUAAUAUUAUGAUGCUGAGGAGGCAGAUGAAGCAGAGUCAUAAUAAUGACCUGCUGGGCUCACUCAUGCAGGAUUCUGAAGGUUUGACAGACGAGCAGAUUGCGGAUAAUGUUAUAGGCGUGAUUUUCGCUUCUCGUGAUACAACGGCUAGUGUCCUCACAUGGGUUCUCAAGCAUCUUGUUGAGAACCCAGAUGUUCUUAAAUCUGUCACUGAAGAGCAAGAGGGAAUAAAGAAGGCAAAUGAGGGGAAAGGUCUAAGUUGGGCAGACACAAGGAAUAUGCCAGCCACAGUAAGAGUUAUUCAGGAGACACUCAGAAUUGCUUCAGUCUUGUCUUUUACAUUCAGGGAAGCUGUUGAAGAUGUGGAGUAUGAGGGAUAUCGCAUUCCGAAAGGAUGGAAAGUGAUGCCACUCUUCAGGUACAUUCACCACAGUCCUGAAAUUUACACGGAGCCGGAGAAAUUUAACCCUUCGAGAUUUGAGGUUGCUCCCCUGCCUAAUACAUACAUGCCGUUUGGCAACGGGAGCCACGCUUGCCCCGGGAAUGAGAUGGCCAAGCUGGAGAUGUUGGUUUUGCUUCACCAUCUAACCGUAAAUUAUCGGUUGUCUAUGGUGUCCCCACAAAAUGGAAUCCAGUAUGGCCCAUUUCCCCUCCCACAGAAUGGUUUGCCCAUCAAGCUCACUCCCAAAAGAUAA